AUGAAGCAAGAUAAGAGAGUAGGAACAGAACUUAGUACACAUACUGUAAAAAGUAGUGACAAAAGGACAGAACUUAAUCCACAUGCGCCAUAUAUUCUGGAUAACCAUACUAAUUCCAACGGGGUAACAGAACUUAUUAUGCAGGAGGAAAAAGUAGUGGAUAAUAAUACAGAACUUAGUACACAUGGUGUAAAAAGUAAUGACAAAAUAACAAAAAGAAUCUUUCUCUUUUUAUUGCUGGUUGGGGGCCUCAACCUUCUUGUCUCUGCACCCCUUCAUGUAACUGAGAUAUUUAAUGACAGAAUGCAAGUGGGAAAGUAUAUUUUAAAAAAUUUCCAAGGCUGCAGUGAAUUAUCCCUAAAAGAAAGAAUAGACUGCAUAAACAACCAAAAAACAACGGUCUUUCCUAAUAGGGUAAUACAAAAGUUUCUAUCAAGCAAUUUCAUUAAUGAGCCAACAAAUUCAACUGUUUUCCAAGAUUUAUUGAGAAAUAUUAAUUUUGGCGGUUUUGUGUGCUUCCUAAUUGGGAAAUUAGUAGGUUAUAUAAUGUUUUUAUUUUAUGACAAAUAUUUGCCCAAUAAGGAAAAACAACAGUCAAAAUUCAUCACCUUAUUUUUCAUUAUCUUCACAAUUCCAGGCCUAAUUCUUCACAGUAUAAUAAUUAACGGAAUUUUCCCAGAACUUUUCACAAAAAAUGUCAUAAGUCUUGGGAUUUUCACGCAAAGGUUUUUUUUGGGCAUAAAUAAUUCGUUAAUCUUAACGUACAUAGAUUUAAAGGGAAGAACCCUUUCUACCCAAAAGAACCUGUUCUCUUCAGUAAAGAUACUCACAGGAUCUCUUAGUUUCGUAUUUCCUGCAAUUUUCAGUGAAAUUUAUUACCAAAUUCAGCCAGACCUGGCAAUGGUUAUAAUUAGUCUAAUAAUACUACUGCCCUGCGUACUAAUACCAGCACUAGAGCAUAUGACUAAUUACAACAAGAAUAGUGAGUGUGUGACUAAUUACAGCGGGGAGGAAGAAGUAAUGAUAGAAAUGACAGAACUUAAUACACACGUGCCAUAUAACCCGGAUAAUACGACUAAUUCUAACACAAAUACAAGACUUAGUACACAUAUUGUAAAAAGUAAUGACACUAUCUCACAAAAAAACACAAAUAACAGUACUUUAACGGAAUUCCUUCAAAAAAUACGCCAUUCACUUGAAUGGUUUGGUGUUUUGCCACUCUUAUACCCUCUCGCAUUCUAUAUGACGGGUGUAAAUGCCUUUUUGUAUUAUAAAGAGAUAUCAAUUCUCUCAUCCUCUAGUUCUCUCUCGUUGAUUUUAUUGCUUAGCCCGUUGCUUGGGGGAAUUUUAGGAUUAUUUUUCACAAAAAGCGCCAUAAGCCCUGUCAGAGUUUCUUUUGGGUUUUUGGCAGUUGGGAUUCUUCAGAUUAUUUUUUAUUUUUUAAAAUUUUUCGAGUUUAACCAGAUAAUAAUUGUUGUCUUGGUUGGUUUUAUGAUAGUCAAUUUAACGGUUUGUUUAAAUCCGUUACUUUCUGUUAUACCGGUUUUAUAUGAAAAAUCUGUCAGAUUUGUUGUUAUUUUUGGUUUUUAUCAGCAAAUUAUUGAUAUUUUUAGUUUCUCACUUGUGUCAUUACUUUUUACGCAAAGUGGCAUAAGCUUUGUCUGGGUGACUGGGAUAUUUUCAAUUGUUUCUGGGACUCUUAUACAUUAUGUCCUUUGA